GCAACCUUUCAUCCCCGCCUUUCACUUCCGGGUGUCUUCAAUGGAGAAAUCCUUUUCCCGUUUAACGGGCAAUAUUGUCUUUUGGAAGUAAAAUUAACCUUCCCCCACGUAAAAACAAUGAACAGACUAUUCGGGCGAAGUAAACCAAGAGCGCCUGCCCCAGAUCUGUCACAGUGUAUCGGCAAUGUGGACGCCAGGGGUGAGUCUAUCGAGAAGAAGAUCAGCAUGCUGGACGCAGAGCUUUUUAAGUACAAGGAGCAGAUGAAAAAGCUGAAGGAUGGGCCCUCCAAGAACAUGGUGAAACAGAAGGCCAUGCGAGUGCUGAAACAGAAGAAGAUGUACGAGGGUCAGCGAGAGCAGCUGGCUCAGCAGUCUUUCAACAUGGAGCAGGCCAACUACACCCUGCAGACGCUGAAGGACACCAAGUCGACUGUGGACGCCAUGAAGAUUAGCGCCAAGGAAAUGAAAAGGGCCUACAAGGAAGUCAAAGUGGAUCAGAUUGAUGACCUGCAGGACCAACUGGAGGACCUGAUGGAGGAUGCCAACGAGGUUCAGGAGGCCAUGAGUCGUAGCUACGGCACUCCCGAUAUUGACGAGGAUGACUUGGAAGCAGAGCUGGACGCACUCGGUGAUGAGCUCCUGCUAGACGAAGACACUUCUUACCUGGACGAUGCGUCGGCCGCUCCCUCUAUCCCUGAGGGCAUGCCUGGAGAAAGCAAGACAGACAAGGACGGCGUUUUGGUGGACGAGUUUGGCCUCCCGCAGAUUCCCGCCACUUAACGUGUCAGCUGCACUUUGACUGAAACCACUUAUAACAAUAUUUAUUACUUAUUUUUUAAUGUACUGUAGAUGAACAGGAGUACAUGUGAUUGGUGACUACGACUAUAACAUACGGUACUUGUUUUUAAUUCCAUUCAUCAUUUCAUCGGAAGCUCAGAAGUUAUUGAAGGUGUUGAUUUUUCAGUACUGUAUUGUUUGUGUGAUUUGUGAGGGGCAUUGAGAGUGUCUGCAGAUUGAAUGUUUGAAUUAAAUGUUGAUUUGUUGGUUA